UUGCUUUUUUUGUGGUCACAUUGGAGACAGCAGUGGCAUUGUGUAAAAUUUUUAGCUCAUUAUCUUGAAUAUACAUAUUUGUGCUGAUUCAUAAAAAUGUUUAGCACAUUGGGAAAGGCGCCAGCUGUGCUGCAAGGACACUCACCUAUUAAAUUGUUAAGCCUCAGAAGAUGGGCAGCUUUUCAACAAUUUCACUUGAGUGUAACAAUGGAUAAUUACAUAGAAGCGGCACCAAUUCCUAUCCCUAUUAAUGUGGACGCUGCUGAAACAACUCGAUUCUCCCCUCUACGUUCACGUGAUAUCUCGUCCACUGUGAUUCCGGUACAAGCGUUAAUCUCAAGCAUCGACAUCACCACUGACAACAGUUUCAGUGCAGUCUUUUCGAACGAUUUUCAAGAUGCUCAUGUACAAUCCUACGAUUGCAUUGGACUAAUUAGCCUCAACUCAGCGAUGCAAAGCAAUGUACCAACGCCGUUCGGAGGAUUCAACAAGUUUUCACAUCUUAAUAUGCCCGGCGGACAGUGGUCACAGGAAUAUAAGUUUAUAUCACAAAAUAUUCAAAAUUCUCACUACAGUGCUCUUCGCGAAAAUUCAAGAGCGGAUUGGGCGACCUACGAUCAAAAUGCCAUUGUUGGAAGUAUUGGCCAAGAAGGUUUCCUCUCGCGACGAAGAUAUUGUACCCAAUCAACGUCUCGAUCCACCGUCACAGCUAAUUCAUCCUCAUCGAAAUCGGUUUCCACAGACACACCUGUAGGUGUAAAACUGAGUUCAAAGGAGCAACUAAAGCGGGCUUUUAAGGAAUAUGGAGUUUCCAUUGUGGCCUUCCACGUAGGAAUAUCGAUGAUUUCGCUUGUGUGUUCUUAUGUACUCAUAUCUAGUGGAGUAAACUUGGUUCCCGUUCUGGAAUAUCUUGGAAUAGGGUCACCUGCAAUAGCGGAAAAAGUUGCCACAGGGAGCACCUUUGUUGUUGCCUACGCCGUACACAAAGUAUUUGCACCUGCAAGAAUUACCAUCACGUUGGGUGCCAUACCGUUUUUAAUACGAUAUUUAAGAUCGAAAGGAUUCCAAAUGCCUAAAAGCAAAAACCCUUAGCCAUCAUAUUAUUGUUAUCAAAAUUAUAUAUGUAUAAUGCUAUAUAUCAAUCCUUCAUGAAAUACUUGGUUUAUUAAUAAAAUGGUUAAUUGGUUCCGUUUCAUUUUCAAAA